AUGGAUGCUGUAGUCGGGGUGGUAGUGGAGUAUACAAUUAGACCCAUUUUGCAUCAACUAGGUUACCUCUUUCGUUACAAUGGAAAUGUCAAGAAACUUCAAGAGAAACAUAAAACUCUCGAGACUACUAGAGAUACCGUGCAAAUUUUGGUUAGUCAAGAUAAAGGCAAAGGGAAUGCAAUUUUCGAUGAAGUUACCAAGUGGUUGGAUAAUGUGAAGGAAGUUUCGAACAUGACAAAACAAAAUAAAGAACUUAAUCCCUCGUGCUUUAAUUUUGUCAAACGACAUCGAUUAUCUAGAAAAUCAAAGAAGAUGGUGGAAGAUAUUGCUGAACUCAUAAAUGAAGGAAGAAGGUUUAAUAAAGAUCGUAUUGGUUAUCCUGUACCUUCUUCAGAUACUAAUUGUCCUACCAUCCCUACAGAUUAUCAAAUUAUUGAGUCAAGAACUUUAUUGGUUGAAAAUAUUAAAGAUGCACUUGCAAAUCCUAAUGUGAACAAAGUUGGAGUAUGUGGUAUGGGAGGUGUUGGGAAAACUUCGUUGUUGAAUGAAGUUAAGAAGUUAGUGUUGGAAAACAAUUUGUUUGAUCGAGUGAUUCAGGUGGAAGUGGGUCAAUCCAAGAGUGUAAUCGACAUUCAAGAAGAAAUUAGAGGUGCAUUAAAUAUGCAAUGUGGGAAGAUAACAGCAUCUCUCCUACAAACUCAUAUUAUUGAGAGGAAAGAGAAUAUCUUGUUUAUGUUGGAUGAUUUGUGGAAGGAUUACGAUCUUGAAAAAGAGUUUGGGAUUCCUUGUCGUUCAGAAUCGAGGACGGAAGGGUGUAAGAUACUUAUGACAAGUCGUUCUCGACAUACAUUAACAAAUCAAAUGAAUAUAGAAAAGUUGUUUGAGGUGAAUCCUGUAACGAAAAAAGAGUCUUGGAUGUUUUUCACCGCAAUAGUUGGCGAGUAUGUUGAAGAUGGAUAUAUACAACAAAUAGCGAAGGAUGUGGUCAAUGAAUGUGGAGGAUUACCAAUUGCACUUAAAGUUAUAGCAAAAGCAUUGAAGGGAAAGAGAGUAGAGAUAUGGAAGGAUGCUCUCAAGAAAUUGAAAAAUCCAGUUGUAGUGAAUAUUUCAGGAGUGAGUGACCGAUUGUAUUCUUGUCUUCAAUUCAGUUACGAUUCAAUAGAAGAUGAAGCUAAGUUAGUAUUGCUUCUAUGUAGUGUAUUUCCAGAUGAUCACAGGAUUUAUGUGAAGGAUUUGCAGAUGUAUGCAGUGGGUAUGGGAUUUCUAAAUCACAUAAAUACUUGGGAAGAUGCAAGGAAUAGAGUGAUUAAGUUGGUUGAUGAUCUUAAAUCCUCUAAUUUACUUCUAGCGCCUGAUGAAGAAGAAGGGGAGGAAUACGUUAAAAUCCACGAUGUGAUACACGAUUUUGGCAAAUACAUUGCAUCAAAGACAGAUAAGAUGUCAUCAUUGACCUAUAGGAGUGGACAAAAGGAAUUGCAGGAAAAUGAUAGACAUGGAACUUAUAAUGCAAUCUAUUUAAAUUGUUCGGAGUUUCUCAACUAUCCCCAAAAGUUAGAGCUUCCAAACCUUCAGCUGUUAAUAUUAAGAAACGUUCUUUUGGAUUAUAAAGUGAUUCCGAUUCCGGUUGCUUUUUUUGAAGGAAUGAACGGGGUUCGAGUUUUGGAUGUGAGAGUUGCGCAUUUGGGUCAACCACAAUUGACAUCAUUAACCCAAUCGUUAAAGAACCUUCAAACAUUGUGCUUGUCAAACUGUGGAUCUAUUGAUAUUGAUACAAUUAGUCAGCUAAAGAAAUUAGAAAUUUUGAGGAUUCAUCAUUGUAUAAUUAAAGAAGUGACCGUAACUAUGAGUGAAUUGACACAACUUAAGGUGUUGGAUUUUGCGAACUGUUCUAGCUUGAAGGUUAUUCAUCCAAACGUUAUUGCAAAUAUGACAAGGCUAGAGGAGUUAAAUUUAGAGACGGACUUCAAAAGAUGGGGAGAGAACGUAAGUUACAAAAAGAAAUUGAUUAAGAAUGCCGAACUUUCGGAAUUGAAUUGUCUUACACAUCUUUUAUAUUUAAACGUAACAAUUCCGAAUAUUCACACUCUGUCAAAUGAGUUAAGCAUAGAAAGAGUGCAGAAUUUAGAAAAAUUUUGUAUUCAUGUUGGUGCUGGGUACGCCAUGAAGAAUGAGAGAUGGGCAAGAAUCUUGAUUCUUCAUAUAAAGUCACCCAUUGAUUCAAUUGGUGAGAUACCACAUAUACUAUUACAAAAAUGUGAACAACUGGAUGUACAAGAUUCAGUGGGUUUUACAAAGAUUAUUUACAAUCCAAGUGGAAAUAAUAUAAGUUAUCCUCAUUUGAAGCAACUAAAUAUUUGCAUUAACAAUAAUUCCAAAGCAAAAAUUUACUUUAGUGAAGACGAGGAUGAAGACGAAGACGAAGACGAAGACGAGGACGAGGACGAGGACGAGGACAAGGACGAAGACGAAGACGAGGACGAAGACGAGGACGAAGACUUGGAUAUGCAACGUGGGAUUGGGGAUAUCACUCCUGAUUUUCAGGUAAAGCAACAAAUUAUGGUUACAACUUAG